GACGGAGGGAGCAGGAUGGCGGCGGGCAGCUGGAGAGUCCUGCUGUUGGUCAGCGUGGCUGCGGUCCUCACCCCGGCGUGGGGCCUGAGCCAGCGAGAGGCCGUGGACCUCGCCCUCGACUCCUACAACAAAGGCUUGGACAUCGACAACAUCUUCCGCUUCGUCGACUACAUCAAGAAAUCCGGCCCCGUGAACCCGUCCAAGCCUACCCUGGUGAGGUUCACCAUCCAGGAGACCGUGUGCCGCAAGUCCGAUAAUCGGGUCCCCGACCAAUGCGACUUCAAGAGGAAUGGGCUGGUGAAAGUCUGUACAGGAACUGUCUUCCCGGCGACAGGAUCUCCCUCAGUGUCAAUCACAUGUGAUGGGUCCAUCCGCACCAAGAGAUUCUUCAGAGGAGUCGGCAGGUUGGCUGGACGUUUCAGACGGAAGAUCAGUAAGAGUUGGCGAAAAAUUAAAGAGGGCUACCACAGAGGCAGAUGGGGACGGAGAAGCCGAGGCCAAGGUGGGAGAGCAGUCCCAGGUGGAAGUCCAGGUGAAGAAGAGAAUCAAGAGGAGCAGCAGUAACCCCCCCGUCCCCGAUCCUCCAUGGCAACGGCGACCAGACCCCCGGGUCUGGCCCCAGCUUCGGCCCUGCAAGGCUAUUGCCCCUCCAGUCGCAAACAGAAACAAUCCGAGCAGCCUCUGUGCCUGAGCUUCCGCCCCAGCCUCUCCCAUCCUUCACCCCUGACA